AUGGAUCCGCAUUCACAUCCAAAGCCUCCGAUCUCUUCUAGCAUCCAGGUUACAGGCUCGAUGGCGCAGAUCGAUGGCGCGAUUGCCAGCAACACGGCUCUAUGCGACCGUUCCGCCCUUAACUUUACUUCCAUACCAUCUAGCGGUGCCCUCUCACAAGAUCAGAUUUUAUACUCUCCCGAUAUGGGCAUCAGCCGCCACGCUUCGGGCUACGCUCUACACGGAAGCAAGGCUAGGACGGCUUCCUCUAGCAACCGACCCGCCAAUCCGACGCGUCCCCAGCAAUGCCCAGCCUCUGCUCAGACAUACCAUAACGGCCAACAGGCCCAGAGCCUCCGGCCACUCGUAGGAAUGCACAAUUCCCAAGCCCAGCAAAUCUUUCAGAACGCCCAACAGCACUAUGCCCAGUACCACUCAUUGCCAUCUAUUGCCGGCGAGUCGCCUGGAAGUUCUCGGAUGGGUGCGGUUUCUUCUCCGGCUACAACUUCCGCUCUCAGGCCCGCGAGCUCGAGUUGGAGGGCCGUGUUCGAAGAACCAGGAAUGCAGCUUGUCAGCUCCACGCCGGCCCAUAACUACGGCAAUGGCGUCAAUGGGCCAACAGACUCCGAACUUGGGGCUUUGUCCACCUACGAAAAGGCUGCCACAUUCAGCAAAGGAACUGGUAGGAGCGGUACCACGGAGCUGUUGGGCAGCAUUCCCGGUCCCUUGCUAGAUACCUCGUUUGCCUACUGCUACGACCGGGGAACGGCCAGUUUACUCGGCUUAUCCCCGCCGACAUGCUUCCUGAGCUCAGAGACAUUCCCCGGAUCGAGCAUACGGCCGCCGGGAGUUGCGUCUUGGCAGAACCAUAUUGACCAGAUUAUCAAAUCGGCUCCGAUGAGACGUCCCAAAAUAUACUGUGACAAGUGGGUUCACGAAGGGGUAUGCGCCUUUACGCAGCAAGGCUGCAAGUACAAGCACGAGAUGCCGUUUGAUCGCCAGACGCAGCACCAACUCGGCCUCUUCCACGGACUCCCCGCGUGGUGGAAGAAACACCAGGUUGAGCUACAGAGGCAGCGGGAGCCGGAAGAGCCCGUCUCUCCCAUUUCCGCACCUCCCGGAGAGGGAAUGGGGUCGCGGUUACCCAGCCUCCCCACGGAACAACAACACGUGUGGAAACUUGAGGGCACCAAAAGGGAGGUGAUCCAGGUGCACUCUCCGGCCUCGUCUGGGACUCCUUCAACGGGGUCACAGUCCUCGCCGCCUCUGAGUUUUGCCAGUAGGAGGCCCGCUCAGAGCGUGAGCUCUGCUGGUCAAUCCCACGGCCCCAAGACGCCGUCGCCGUCAACGGACGACAAGACGCCGGAGCAACGGACGGUGGGCUUUCAGGGCAGCCCCUAA